ACUGUAUUACCCGUGUUGAACUUUUAACGUUACACUAAAAAAUGGACCAAAAAUUGCUCCAAUUUUUACAAAAAUGCAAGACUAGCAAACAAUUAAAAGAAACCCAUCUUCAGAUUAUUGUUAAUGGCUUCACAAAUAACAACUUUAUAGUACCAAAGUUGAUAACUUUUUCCUCAAACCUCAUUUCACUUAAUUAUUCACUUCAUAUAUUUAAAACCUUACAAAACCCAACUCUUAUUUCAUACAACACUUUGAUUAAAUGUUUCAUAGGAAAGACAUUUAAAUAUGCAUUAUAUACUUAUAAUCAAAUGAGGGUAUCAAAUAUUACACCUAAUAGUUUUACAUUUACUUUUCUAUUGAGGUGUUUUGAGUCUUUUGAGGCUUUAAAAGCUGGUGAAGUAGUACAUAGUGAGAUUGUGAAAUUGGGGUUUGAAUCAAGUGUGUUUGCUAAGAAUACACUUAUGGAUUUUUAUGCUAAAUGUGGUGGGAAUUUGGGUUCAGCUCGUAAGGUGUUUGAUGAAAUGCCUGAGAGAGAUGUUGUUUCGUGGAAUACGAUUAUUGGUGUUUAUAUGAUUCAUGGUAAUCAAGAAUAUGCGCUUUGUUUGUUUGAGGCUAUGCCCGAGAGGAAUUUAGUUACGUGGAAUUCGGUUAUUGCUGGGCUAUUGAAGGUUGGGAAAAUGGCGUUGGCUCGUUCUGUUUUUAAGCGUAUGCCUGAGAAGAAUGAUGUUUCUUGGAAUACGGUGAUUUCUGGAUAUGUAAAGUUGGGUGAUGUGGAAACUGCUAGAGCUGUUUUUGAUGAGAUGCCGAAGAAAAGUAUAAUCUCUUGGACCGCGAUGGUGUCAGGAUAUGCGACGAUUGGUGAUUUGAGAUCGGCGAGAGAGUUGUUUGAUCGAAUACCAGCGAAAAAUGUUGUUUCGUGGAAUGCCAUGAUUGCUGGAUAUGUAAAUAACCACAGGUUUGAUGAAGCACUUUCGGUGUUUCAGCAUAUGUUGAUUGAUGGAAAUUGUAAACCCAAUCAGACCACUUUGAUUAGUGUACUCUCGGCUUGUUCACAUUUGGGGUCUCACGAGCAUGGAAAAUGGAUUGAAUCUUUUAUAAGAAAGAACAAAUUUGAUUUAUCAGUUCCACUAGGAAAUGCUUUAAUUGACACAUUUGCAAAAUGUGGAGAUAUGGAAAAUGCAAAAGCAGUUUUCUUAAGGAUGGGUCAGAGAUGCAUAAUUACUUGGACUACAAUGAUUUCAGGAUUAGCAGUCAAUGGACAUUGCAGAGACGCCCUAGAACUCUAUGAAAAGAUGUGUUUGGAAGGAGUAGAGCCGGAUGAUGUUGUAUUUAUUGCUGUUCUUUCAGCUUGCACUCAUGGAGGGCUGCUGGAAGAAGGGAAAAGGGUAUUUUGCCAGAUGGUUAAUGAUUUUGGCAUUAAACCACGGAUUGAGCAUUAUGGAUGCAUGGUUGAUCUUCUUGGGCGAGCUGGAAAGUUUGAGGAAGCACUGAGUUUCAUUAAGAGCAUGCAUUUGGAACCUAACACAGUCAUUUGGGCUACUUUGCUUUCUGCUUGUAAAAUUCAUAGAAAUGGGGAACUGUUAGAAUCCUUAACCAGGAGGAUCCUGGAGCAAGAGCCUAACAACCCAAGUUAUUUAACAUUGAUAAUGGAUUUAAGCUCUUCUAUUGGGCGGUGGCAAGAUGCCUUGAACAUCCGUAUAGCUACUAGAGACCAAGGAAUAGAAAAAAUUCCUGGUUGUAGCUCAAUUCAAAUAGGAAAUAGUGUCCAUGAGUUCUUAGCUAAAGAUACAAACCACCCACGGAGGAAGGAAAUCUAUAGAGUUUUAGGGUGCUUAAAUGGACACUUAAAAUUAUGUGAGGUUGAGUGAAUUUUAAUGGCCAUGGCUUCUUAGAGAAUCGAUAGAUAGCAAGAUUUUGUAGUGUCCGUUUUUCAAAGGUUACUUUUUUGAAUACACAUGAUUCUGACAUUGGUUAAAUCCUACAUCACAUGUAACUUGAAGUUGCAUGAUCAUAAAGGAUGGACUACUGAUUUGAAUUAAGUACUCUUGUGAAAUGAAAUUUGAGAAUUCUCAAAGUACAGCUGCAGGGAGAGGAAUCAAGUCAGAGAAACUGUGAUGUCCAAUUAUGAGAAUAAUUUAUGCGUCGAAGUUUUUGGCCAAUGUGAGAUGCAUGAAGACACACCUUAACUUGUUGAGUUUUCUCUAUGUACUCCACACCACACUUUAGCCUGUUGAGCAACUCUGAACUUCUCAAAGAUUUGGGCUUAUCAGAAAAGGGAGUUUUCAAGUCCUCAAACCCUAAACUGGUCAGACGUGUGAGAGGAUGUCAGAUUGUACUAAAGAGUUUAUAAUGGUCCCGGGCUACUUCAUCUAUUGCCUUAAGAUUUUGAAUUGGAUUCUCAUCUUCUAUCACAGCGUGCUUUAAACUGAAUGAAAAAGAAUAUCAAAAAGAGAUGAUAUUUGAGCAUAUAGACAAGGGGCCGAACAACGAAAAAAAGGAGCAGUGGGUUGACUGGAAAGUUGAGACCGAUCAAGAGGAUGGAAAGAUGCAGGAUUGGUCAGAAAGUGUUGAAGGAUGACUAGAUUGCAGCAAAUAUAGAGUUUAGGAGGAACUUCUCACUCUUGGAACAUGAGGUUGACUGCAAGAUUCUCAUGUUCUAUCUGUUUUUGCCAGGAUAACACAGCUACCAUUACUACAUUAAUUGUUUCGUUUUAAGACACACGUUUUACAACUCUCUAUGUUAUUUUUCUACAGUACCAGUAGUUAAUUAAUCAAUAUACUGAUACCAUUGUCAUUUUACUUAUCAGAAA